GCUCCGCCCCUGGCGCCGGCCGCACCGCAGCCGCUUCCUGCCGAGAGAUUUGCGCCUGCGGCGGUUGGAGGUGAAGAAAAUUCCAGAAAAAAUCCCACCGCGGCGGCGGCGGCGGCGGGGUGAUCAUAACGAGCCAAGAUGCCCAUCAAGGUUGAUGAUGUGAUGCAACUGUUCUGCCACCUCUCUCAGGAGAAGGGAAUGAAAGCUGCUGUUAGACACUCAGGUCGAGGAGCGCUGCUGGCGGGUGCAACAGCCUUUAUUGGGGGCUUGGUGGGGGGUCCUGCUGGCAUCGCUGUAGGGGGAGCAUUUGGUGGAUUGCUUGGUGCCUGGAUGACUACUGGACAGUUCAGGCCAGUCCCUCAGAUUUUACUGGAAUUGCCUCCUGCUGAGCAGCAGAAACUCUAUGAUGAAGCCCUUGUUAUUCUCAGGAGCUUAGACUGGACUGAUAUUGCUCAGCUGACUGCCCUUGUAAUGGGAAAUGCUAGUCUCCAGCAAAAGUUGACAGGAGUGCUGAUAAAUUACCUCUCAAAAGAGCUAAGAGCAGAGAUACAGUAUGGAGAAUAAACCUUUCUAGAGCAGGCUUUUUACAUUGUAAUGGAUUUUACUCUGACAGUUGUGAUUCUUCAACAUAGCAAUUAUUAGUUAUCACUACUAAUGAUAAAUCUUGGCAGAUCUAAGGGAUUUUUUUUGUGAAGAUAGGAUUAGAUUACUGCAUUAUCCUGAUACUGAUUUACUAUGUAAUUCUGAAUUAAUGUGCACUGUAAGAUGGGAUUGAAUUCAAAAUUAGUGAAAGAAAUCAUGCUUCUGUUAGGUUAACAUAGCACUGGGUAAAUUUUUUGAAGUCACUGUAUUUUACAUAGGAGAUUUAAUCUUGUUUUCCAGAAGUGCUUUAAAUUCCUUCUGUAAGUGGUGCAAAGGUGCCAAAGUAGUUUGGAUACUUUGAAGAAUUUUACCUACUGUCUAUUUCAGUCCUGCAAAGGAAAGUUGUAAGAAGGAAGGGACUUCUACUGUGAACUCAAAUCUCAAGCCUUUCUUUAUUCUUUGUUUCAUUUUUAUUGUGAUUUUUGAGUUAUUUAUUCCUUUAUGCAAGCUGUGAAGUAAAUGCCUAAUUGAGACUUAAAGCAACAGAUAAACAAACUAUGCACAAUCGGUUCCUGAUAUUCUGGAAUGCUAAGGCAUGGCUUUUUUUCUUCUUUUUUUUUGUUUUUUCUUUCUUUCUUUUUUAAGGAGUGAAUCUACCAUUUUUAUACUAACCCUAGAGUUAGAAUUCAACAUUAUCUUGACUGAACCUGAACAGAAUAUGCUAGCUAAUUUUCUUUUUUCAUUAAAAUAUUCUCAAAAAGUUAUGUUACAGUCAACAGUUUAAAGGGAUUUUCUUUAAAACAAAUUUUCUUGAGGAAGAAAAUGUUCUGUUGAAUUCCUAAGAAGCAUCAUAGUGACGUGUUUUGUUUUAAAGUAAGUGAAAUCUUUAGGUAUUGGAUGCUGAAAUUCAACCAAGAAGGCAGUCUUCUACUGGUCAGCCAGCAGUUAGGAGUGGUAGUAUGGGGUGAUAUCCCAGCAAUAGUUAAUGUAAACUCCAAGUGAAAUGUUGCUUAAUAUCCUAACCAGUUGUUCACUGUUUGUUUCAAGGCACUUGUAAAACAAGUUCGUGAACAGAAAAUGUACAGAUGUGCCUACUUUUAUAUAUAAAAACACAAGUGAAACUGUUCUGACCGUUUCUUUCGUUUUCCCCUAAAAAUAAAGAUUUCUCUGUGUA